UGUCAUCCAACCAAAAGAAAACCUGACCGGUGGAGAGGAGAGAAAGAGAGAGAGAGCGAGAGAGAGAGAGGGAGAGGGAGAGGAAAGUUGUGUUCGAGUUCUACCGGAUUUCCACAUGACUGCUCGGGAAGCGGGAGACUGGCUGGGGUCAGGCAAAAUGUUGAGUUUGGGGAGCGGAGGAGCGAAAUCUACCAAACCGUCAUUUGUGUCUUACGUUACACCGGAGGAAAUAAAAUUGGAAAAAGAACCACCAAAGAAAGAGAUACAUCCUGAUUUGUUACCAGGAGAAGUGGUGUUCUGCAGUGCCAGCCCCAUUCUCAAAUACACUCAAGAUGACCUCUCCCAGCGUGGCGUCUUUGGCACAUUGUUCUGUACCAAUUUUCGUGUUACAUUCAUUAUUGAUGAGAUGUUGCAGGAGGAGACUGCCAAGAACUUUAAGAACAAACUCUACGGAGAAAAUGACAUUCCAUUAAUGUGUGUGGACCAUAUCUAUGGUGUGUAUGAUGAAAAGAGGAAGCUGAUAACAGGAGGCCUUGUGAAGAACAAAUGUCCGUCCAAAAUGAUCAUCCACUGUAAAGAUCUGCGUGUUUUGCAGUUCAGUCUAACAUUCACUAAGGAGGAAGAUGCCAAAAGGAUCUUUCAAGGCAUUGCACACCAUUGUUUGGAGGAGAAAUCUCUGAAGUGUGUCUUUGCUUUUUCCUAUGCAGGUGCAACAAGCCCAGACAUGCAGAGGAAACAGGAGACAAUUCUGUUUGACUCACCAGAGGACUGGUCCCAGGAGAUGAAACGGACCAAAGCAAAAUGUAGAUUAGUCACUGAAAAUGAGAACUUUGAACUCUCUCAGAGGUUACCAAAAUACUUUGUCAUCCCACCAGCACUAGAGGAUAUAUUCAGCUACCAAGGAAGGGGAUUACCAAUCUGGUGUUGGUCUCAUCACAGUGGUUGUGCUCUGUUUAAAGCGUCUGUCAUGCCGGUGACACAGGAAGACGGGGAUUUUCAUAAGCACUUGGACAUAAUGAUAAAUGCUGUUGCGCAUAAUUACCUGUACUCUGUAAAAACAGAGGACCUCUCUGAAUCACUUCCUACCAUCCAAGACAUCCAGCAGUCAUACAACAAGUUCAAACAGUUCUUUCUUAUUGAUAAUUCAACAGAGUUUUGGCUAUCAGAUGUGAAAUGGUUCUCGUCCCUUGAGAGUUCAGGUUGGCUUGACAUUAUCAGACAAUGUCUCCAGAAAUCUGUAGAAGUGGUUGAAUGUCUUGAAAAAGACAACACAAAUGUCCUUUUAACAGAGGAAGAGGGAACAGAUCUGUGCUGUGUGAUCUCCAGCCUGGCUCAGUUAAUGCUGGACCCUUAUUACAGAACGCUGAUGGGUUUCCAGAGUCUGGUGCAGAAGGAGUGGGUGGCUGGUUGCCAUGCCUUCCUGGAUCGAUGUAAUCACCUCCAUCAGAAAGACAAAGAGUGUCAGUCUCCAGUUUUCCUGCUGUUCUUGGAGUGCGUGUGGCAACUUGUUCAGCAGCACAGCCCGGCUUUCCAGUUCUCCGAGACUUACCUGACUGUGCUGUCCGACAGUGUUCAUGUGCCAAUCUUCAGCACCUUCCUGUUCAACUCUGCCCAUCAUAGGGAAAGUGUUAUAAAGGCAGAGUCACCGAUUGCACAAAGCGGCUCAUUGAGCUGCCCUACCGUGUGGGACUGGUCUGUGCAGUAUGACAGCAAGGCCCAGAACUACUUCUUUAACCCCUUGUAUUCGGAGAAGGUGAAACCUGAGAGAACUAUACGCAAAACUCACAAGCCCAAGCACCAAAGACAGUUAUCCUUACCCAGCUCUGCCUUCAAAACGCCACCAAAGAAAGGUUUCUUUAAGGAUGAGACCGAAAGCCUUAAAAAGAUGCUGCGAGUUAAACGUAUCAGUCGCUGGAUGGGGUCUCCUGACUCCCCCGCGGUGGCCUCCAGAGAGUUCUAUGAGUCCUGGCAACAGCGUCCUCUGGACUAUCACGGCCUCCUGCUCCCCUGCCUGGACGGACCGGCUCUCCGCCUCUGGAUGCAGCGCUACCUGCGCUGGAUACCUGAGGUGCACAUCCUGGGUGGAGGCUCUGUGGCCGUCAUGACCAAGCUUAUGGAACUGCUAGGUCAGGUGCAGGACAUGAAGCGUAUGCUGGAGCAGAGAGACCCAUUACAAGCUGUUAAACUUGAUCACCGUCCACAGCUUCAGCACAGGCCAAUCUCAUUUGGCUCCUCAGGGCGCAUGUCAUCCUCAUUCCCCUUCACCUACAGCCGAAACCGAUCUUUCAGGCCCAUUAUUCCUACAGGUCUGCUGCAAAGUCUUAUGUUAACUGACAACUUAGCCAACCAAGAGGAUGAGGUAGUUUAGGUUGUGAGUUUGGUUUAACAGGGAAUUCCUAUUCCUAUUAUCUAUAUAUAAAAAAUUCAUUCAUUAAUUAUUUCUGUUAGGUAAAUACAGGAUUAUAGUGGCCUUAACUUGUCAGAUCCAGAUAUUAAAAAUGCUGAUGGUGCAUCAAAAGUGCCUUUGGUGCUAAGCAGGUCCUUUUGGAAAGUAAUAUAGGCCUUUGCCAAACCAAAUGUGCUCUGUGUUAAAAUGAGCCUUAAGACAGGAUGUAAGCUUUUGUCUAUCACAUGGGGGGUCCCAAACUUAAGAAAACAGGAAGCACAGAACAAUACAUGAGAUCAGCAGUGUCUCAGAGAUACAGUCCUCUUUUGUAUUAUGUGCACUGUGUGGUUCUUAUUUGGCCAAGGAUAGACAUAAUUUUUUAUUUUUUUUUUGGUCCUUUCACUGAAUUGGAUGUUGUAACUGGUAGAUCUUGAUGCUGAACAUAACAUAAAAAAAAUACCUAGAAACAAAUGAAAUCAAAACUGAAUAUGAAUAUCCUCAUGCUUAUUUCACAAGUCUAAGGACAGAAUGUUAGUGGAAAAAACAAACAAACUUUUUUUUAGUCCUUUAUCUGAGGAAUUUAUCAACCAUUUGUUCUGAGUAAAUGUCACUCAAGCAUGUGAGAAAUUUUCAGUCAGUACAAAUACAGAAGGAUUCAGCUAAUCAACUUAAGAAGAAUUCAUCUAAAGAAUCAUUUAUAAAGUAUCUAUACAGUAUAUAGGAAAAAACAUCCUAAUAGAUUGCAAGAGUUUGCAAAUUUAACUAUUCGAGCAUAAGCUAAUGUCAUACUCUAUCUGCAUUUGCAAUUGUUUUUUCUUCUUUGCAUCACCUGCAGAACUACUGCCACAAAUCAAAAGAAAAUUCUGUCAUUAAUUACUCACCAUCAUGUCUUUUGAAAUUUGUAUGACUUUCUCUCCCUCUCUCUCUCUCGUGGAACACAGUAGGAGAUGUUGGGUAAAUGUUAGGGACUGAAAGCAUCAGUUCCCCAUAUACUAAUAUUUUAUGGUAAAAAGAGCAGCUUCAACAUUCUUCAAAAUUUCUCUUGUGUUCUACAGAAGUCAUACGUGUUUGGAACAAUAAGAGGGUGAGUAAAUGAUGACAGAAUUAUCAUUUUCGGGUAAACCAUUCCUUUAAAAUUAUAUAUAUAUAUUUUUAGCAUGUUACCAAUUGUUUUUCAGUUUUUUUUGGGGGGGGGUUCUGUCUCAGUAUCUAAUUUAAUGUAAUGAAGAUGAUGUAAGCUCCAGUACCAAGUUGUUAUUUGCUGGGAAAAGUGUAUAGAAAGCAGUUUUCUUCCCAGUUAGUUUGUUUAUGCCUCCUCCACCCUUGUUUUUGCACUACUGCUCUCUGCCAGUCAGUCACUGUUACUGUUACUUGAACAGUCAGCUGUAAAUCUGAUUCUGUUCAGUUCAGCUCUGCUGUAACAUAUUACUGUAUAAUUGGUGUGUAUAUUUCUAUAACUAACUUAGAGUUUAGUCUUGCAAUAUAUGGAAUAUGUCAAUAGGUUUUUCUUAUUUUGGACCAUUGACUUCAACAUUUUAAUUUCCAUGUAAGAAUAAAAUGAAAUACUUUUAUAUCUGCACUUGGGGAAAAAUAUAAUUCAAAUAAAAGACUAGAUAAAUGCUUUGCAUUAAUGAUUAAUUUUAGUAAAAGGUAACGGCUUGCUGCUAGAUGAAGGGCCUUGUCGGUGACUGAACCCUUAAUGAGGUUUUUCAUCUAAUAAACUUUAAACUCUCUUUAUUCAAAAAAUGUUUUAGCUGCAACUCCUAGUUGGCUAACCACCUUUUUCCUACUUUUAGUAUAUCAAAUUGCAAAUGUCUUUAUUUUAUGUUUUUUAUAGAUUUAUUAAUAUAACUUUUUAACAUUAAAAAAAGUAAUGUGUGAAAAAGUUGAGAAAUAACCCAUAUACAGAAAAAUAUAUAGUAAAAUACAAGAAACGCAGAAUAUGGACACCUGUUAAAUUUAUGCGCUUUUAAUAAAUAUUUCAUUAAUGGCCCCAAUUGAGGUGUUUCAAAUAUAUUGAGCUUCAUGUCUGGGUCUGAGGGGAGUCAUGGGGGUGGGUUAUUUUAUUUGAUUUGAUUGCAUUUUUUUCAUCGCAUAUUCUACAAAUAAUGAAAAAAAACAAUUAGCACUGCAUUGGAAGAGGGAGAGAAAGAAAAAAGCAUAUAUAUGUAUGUGUAUAUAUACACCGAUCAGCCACAACAUUAAAACCACCUAUAUAUCAUAUUGUGUAGGUUCCCCUUGUGCCACCAAAACAGCGCCAACCCGCAUCUCAGAAUAGCAUUCUGAGAUGCUACACUUCUCACCACAAUUGUACAGAGCAG